AUGACCGGCGAUCCCCUCCCAAAAGCGAGUUUCUGGGACAAACCCGACAUCCUGACCCAGUUGGAAGGUUUCUGGCUGGUCAGCACAGUAGUCGACCCGGCCACCACCUUCCGCUCCAACUUCAACGCCAGAGAAGACGACGUCGUUCUGGCGUCGUCCAUCAAGACCGGCACCACGUGGCUCAUGGCUCUCUCCCAUUCCAUCCUCAAAAAACCCGAAAACGGCGAUCCCUUAGCCACAGACAACCCUCACACCCUCGUCCCCACCGUCGAGUCCGCACCCUUCACCAACACAAAGGUAGACAUCUAUGACGCCUCGGCCCCUCGCCUCCUCCACACCCACCUCCCAUACUCCCACCUCCCAGCCUCCGUCAAGAACUCCACCUGCAAGAUCGUCUACAUCGCCAGGAGCCCCAAGGACACCCUCAUCUCCAUGUGGCACUUCUUCAAUGCCAUAUACAGGCGCGAUCGAGAGCCUCUGCCGCUUGACGAGGCUGUGGAUUGCUUCUGCACCGGCGUGCAUCCCUUUGGCCCCUUCUCGGAUCACGUGGCAGAGUACUGGCUGGAGAGCAGGAGAAGGCUGGAGAAGGUCUUGUUCGUCAAGUAUGAGGAGAUGAAAUCGGAUGCCAAGAGGGAGGUUUCGAGGAUUGCUGAGUUUUUGGGGAGGCCGUUGACGGGGGAAGGAGAGGCGGAGGAGCUUUUGUGGAGGUGCAGUUUGGAGAGGCUUAAGAAUUUGGAGGUGAAUUCGAGUGGCCAUGAUUCGGAGCUCGUGCCUAAUGCUGCAUAUUUUAGGAAGGGUCAAGUUGGAGACUGGAAGAAUUACUUGACGUCUCAAAUGGAAGAACGGAUUCAUCAAACCGUUGGCCUUAAGCUUGAGGCGUUAGGCCUCUUUUUCUAGUUCAUUAUAUUGGGUCAUGAUUGGCCUUA